AUGCAGCACCUCUUGGCCCUCGAGUCCCGCAUCAUUGACCACCAUACAACCGCAACCGGGGGUGUAUGUUGGGCGCGCCAGCAUAGUAUUGCCCAACAGAUCAUGGUGCAGGAUAUCGGCAGGUACUAUCUUGAUGUGCUGCUAAGGCCCGAUCACCCGCACAACCUCAUCGCCUACCCGCAGCCGGCCAUUGACACGCGCACCUUGGACACGGAUGAAGCUCUGGCGCCAUUCCAUGUCCCACUCUCCAUGCACCGACCAUUUGUCUUUGAGAAUAGUCUGACAAGUUUCGUCCCCCUCAUGACAGAAGACAAACAGGGUUGCGACCACUUUCUUCAUGGCGUUGGCGGGACAAUUCAGGGGUUUGAUGAUUUCUGUGAGGUGUAUGCCCAGUAUCUGGACCGUCGCGGUGGCGUGCUUCCCUUUCGGUUUGGUCACCAUAUUGAUGCGGAGGGGCUUGCUCACGCGCACCCGGAGGUCUUCUCGAUAUACCCCAUCCCACUGCCCAGCACAUCGCACGUCCGCUUCAUGGUGCCCUGGAUUCCCCGGGCCACUCGAGGUAAUGGACCACGACUCGUCCUACAGCCUACCUUGGUUGUGCCGCGGGAUGCGUUGCCCACGGACCAAGACUUUACUGAGAUCACCGCCUGUGAUACCCGUGUCGAUGAUGAUGUCCACUUUAAAGAUAUGCAGCAUCAAAAUACACAGAUGACAGCAUACAGCAUUGGUCCCUGGGGGGCCCGUCACCCCUUACAUAAGUUUCCAACUUGGUCAGCAUGGCAGUCUGUUCAUGAUAUUAAUACACUCUCCGACGCUAUUGCUGGCCAACGCGACCACCAUGCCCUUGAAGUUAUCAUCAUCAAGAACAUUCUCUUCAGCACGGAUCCUACCAAUGCCGAUCUACGCUGGAAGCUGAUCAACCGGUCCCACAAGGCUGCUGCCGAGGUGGCCAAGCAUGCUAUCCAUGAUUUUAUCCAAGCUGAAGCUGCUCUGUUCCCGGAAAACAGCUUCUCAGGCAGCAGUCCCCACCCGCGUCUUAAAAAAGAGUAG